UCAUCUUUAAGAACGAAGACGACGUCUUGUUGCAGUGCGCUCGGUAUUCCCGUGUUGGGGGGGUUCUUGUUGCAUCCUUCAUCUGCUUCGUAUUGACGUGCAAACUGUCAGAAGAGAUGGCUCGGCCAACAACCCAGCUGGCUGGCAGUGAAAAGCUACAGGGCCAACAGCUGCAUCCUACGCCUCCCGUUGGGGUGCCAGGGGCGGGGAUGGUGAGCUUGAAGAGCCUGCUGCAAGGCCCCAUAAAGGGGCAGGAGCGAAGGGCAAAGGACCUCUCUAAUUGUAUCAUGAAGGACAAGGAGAGAAAACUAGAAGAUGAAAUGGCUGGUCAGCGCUCCUCUCACUGUGCUUUCCUAGGAUCCCUGCUUUGGGAACGUACCCUGCCAUAUAAUGAAAUAGAAUAUGUUGACCUGGAUGAGUUUCUGCUGGAGAAUGGUCUCCCACCAAGCCCACCUCACCAGCCUUUUUCACCAUCUAAUCUAACACCACCUCCAUCGAACCAGUCAGUGGUAGACCUCAGCCGACCAGCAUCCUGCGCCUCUUCUACCUCUGCCUGCUCCUCUCCGGUACAAAGUAUGAUGGGUAGUGAAUUUGAACAUUCAAGUGGCAAAGCAGAUCAGAUGACUCCUGUGUCUAGGGACAGUCCAAGUCCUGUGGACCCAGACUCUGUGGAAGUGAUGAUGAACUUUGACCCAGAUCCUGCUGACCUUGCCUUGUCCAGUGUGCCAGGACAUGAGACUUUCGACCCUAGGAAACAUCGAUUUUCUGAAGAGGAGUUGAAACCACAGCCCAUUAUGAAAAAAGCCAGAAAAAUACAGGUGCCAGAUGAACAGAAGGAUGAGAAAUAUUGGAACCGGAGGUACAAAAACAAUGAAGCGGCCAAACGGUCACGGGAUGCUCGUCGCCUGAAAGAGAAUCAGAUCACAGUGCGGGCUGCCUUUCUUGAAAAAGAGAAUGCAGUGCUUCGUCAAGAGGUAGCAAAAAUCCGUCAAGAACUCUCCCGCUAUCGCAACAUUCUCUCCAAAUACGAGUCACAGCAUGGAGCCUUGUAAACGUGUAGCUGUCCCCCAUGGUUGCACAAACUAACACAGUUUCACAAAAAUCUGCCCCCACAAAGCCCCUUGUUUCCCUGAGACUGGCCCUUCACUGACAAAUAGCACAAGAGUUAGCGGGCAUGAGGGACAGUAGAAAGCAGGCAAAUAUACACUUUUCUUACCCUGCUUUCUAGCUCCAUAUUUUAGCAUUCCAUCAAGACCUCCUUUUACCCAAGGAUGAAGGUGCUAUAUUGACUAAUAGACAAUGUGGGGUAUCACCUGGGAGUAAAGCAAGAUGAAGAAUGAAAACAAGAAAUACAGUUGAUCCUGCCAUGUGUACACAGGCAUUAUCCAAUACACCAGCUAGCAUGUAAAGCUAAUUACUUGGUAUCAGGUAUCCCUUACACACUCCCUAGUUGCAUUGUAUUUAUCUUGUGUUUCUUUAUUGUAAAUCCUGUGGUAUGUAGGGAAAUGGAUGACAAAAGCUUCUAAUAACUGGUCAAUGGAAAUUUUGUUAGAAAUAUAAAUGGAAAUUGUCAUGAGAUCAUCUAGCAGUUUGACAAAGCCUUUAAAAGAUUUGAGUUAUGAGUGUGGAAUUGUAACUGAUGUCUUCACAAUAUGGUAGAGGAACAAUGGCUUCCACUUGGUGAAUGGCUUGAUACCAUUCCAUGAACGUCUAGUUCCAUUUUUUUUUAGGAACUAUGACAUUGUGUUGGUAAAGCAGCAGAUCAAUAUAAUGGCCAAUCACCUGGUUUCAGAAACAUAGUGGUUACACAACAUCCAAGUCAUAUCUAGUAGAAUGUUCUGGCCAUACAACUUGGUAUUGCAGUUUGGUUAACAACAUGUCCGUAAAUAUAUCACAAGAUUGUGAUUUGUGGUGGCAGGUUUAGAAAAUGAUUUUAAAUGGGUAUAAUUGUGAGUUAAAUGGCGAUUAAAAGGUUAGUAUAUUUACAUACUAACCUAUGUUAAACUUCCUUGUGAAUCCAAACAUUUACACCACCAUGAUUGUCCAUGGAUAGUUUGGGGAUAAUAAUCAUUAUAUUAUUAAACAAUCCAUCGGUUGUUGACAAACCAGUAGUUAAGUUUGAGGAGCAAGUUUGCUAACCUUGAUGCCAUACAUAGAUCACUGGUUCCUAACCCAGUCCUAAUACACACCAACAUUUGAGGAAGAACAGAUAUCCCAUAUGGAGCAGGUAUUUAAAGGAUGGUGUAUAUUAAAGAUUUGGUUUGGAACCACUGUUCUUGGUUUAGCUCACACUAAUUUCUCCAAUGAAUUCCCAAUUUGUAUCUGUGACAUCUGGGGAGCUGUGUAUCUUUAGCACACAGCUGAGAUUUACUACUAUGUUAAAUACAUACAAAAGGUGUUGUGAAUAACAAUAUAGAGUAUUGCAUAUUUCCAUUCAUUCACACGCAUCCGCACUGCAGCCUAACUGUUUUAUCAUCUACCCUUCUGCAAAGUAUUAUAUUAAAUGCUCAGUGAAAUCCAACUUAAAAAACAA